UCAUAUGAGCCCAUUUCUUCAGAUUAAAUGAAAAAAAGGUUUUUCCAAGCCUUCCAUGAAGCUCAGCUGCUGUCUGGUAGUUUUGACUGUUAGCGUUGGUCUUGCAAUUGGACUUACAGUGGAAAAUGUAGUUUCCAACAGGACGGUUGUUUUGGGGACCUUUAAUGCAUCUCUUCAUCCAGUAUUCCAAGCUUUGGCGAACUCUCCGGAGCACCAUGAUGUCAUAGCCAAGGAGGGGACCAGUGUUUUAAUUGAAUGCAAAGUGAACGCCAGCCAGUAUGAGUAUAUCCUUUGGUAUAACUCCAGAGGACACCUGCUUCAACAGAAAGAUGAAGGUGGCCGGUGGUGGAUUGCUGACAAUUCCCUCAACAUCACGAGGGUGAACUUUGCUGACCGGGGGCGCUACACGUGUGCGGCUGUUAAUCGCAACAACACCUUGUUUUACACAGUCACCCUGAGGGUUAUCUUCACCUCGGGAGACAUGAGUAUCUACUACAUGAUUGUAUGCCUGGUUGCCUUCGCCAUCACCCUCAUUUUGAACAUCACCCGUCUGUGCAUGAUGAGCAGCCACCUCCGCAAAACCGAGAAGGCCAUCAAUGACUUCUUCAGGACGGAGGGAGCCGAGAAGCUUCAGAAGGCUUUCGAGAUCGCCAAGCGCAUUCCCAUCAUUACAUCUGCCAAAACGCUGGAGUUGGCCAAAGUCACUCAGUUUAAGACCAUGGAGUUUGCCCGAUACAUUGAAGAGCUUGCCAGAAGUAUUCCCCUUCCACCACUGAUCCUUAACUGCAGGGCGUUCAUGGAAGAGAUCUUCGAGGCGGUGCGCGUGGACGAUCCCGACGAGGCUGGCGAGGAGGUGAAGCAAAGCCAGGCGUGCGGGCCCCAGGCCGCGCUGUAUCCCGUCAACGCGGAGAUGGCGCGCAGCGAUUCCCCCGCCGCGGAUUCCGACGACGGCUCCGUGAGCGAGCAGGGCCAGGAGAUCGCGGUGCAGGUGUCCGUCCACCCGCAGUCCCGGGUGCAGAGCAUCGACACCGUCUCUCACGACAGCGGCCGGUCCGCUCCUCCCGAGGACGGCGCCUGCUGA